AUGACCUCCAUUGCAGCUGAGGAGCAUUUCAAUAACUGGCCUAAUGACAAGGGAUUCGAACCUGAAUUUGAAGAGCGUAAUCCUGUGGAACUGUCGGUAACUGGCCAUAUUCCCGCCUAUGCCGCCGGAAUCCUAUACCGUACUGGACCGGGCAAAAGCAAAGUGGACACAGAAAAUGGCGAGACAUUCCACUUAUCUCACUGGUUUGACGGGUUUAGCCAAACGCAUCGUUUCCAAAUCAUGGGCCCUGACAGCGUUGAUGGGACCGUUCGGGUCUUCUACAACUCGCGCUUCUCAACUGAUGCUUUGAUUGAGAAUGUGCGAAAGACCGGAUCUCUCCAGAGUAUGGGGUUUGGACAAAAACGCGACCCUUGCAAGAGUGUGUUCAACAAGGUUCAAAGUGAACAUACUCUCCCGAAAGAUCCAUCUGCUAUCAAUAUUGGCGUCACCCUAUCCGUCAAUAUGCCUGGUCUGGAUCACACAGCUACUGCCGGGGCUGAUAAGCGCUGGGACGGUUCCAAGCAGAUCCAGAAUCUCUAUGCAAAGACCGAUAGGCAUCUUUUCAAGAAAAUCCACCCGGAGACCCUAGAGCCCAUAGGACUCGCCACGCAGGCCGACCUUCAUCCGGAUCUCAACGGGCCGCUGGCAGCUUCACAUGCUCGAUCCGAUCCUACUACUGGAGACAUGUUCAACUUCAAUUGCUCACUGGGUCCAACCAGCACAUAUCGCGUUUUCCAAGUCUCGGCCUCUACGGGAGAAACGACCAUUCUCGCUUCGUUUCCUGGAACACCAGCGUACCUUCAUUCCUUGGUUCUCACACAGGAUUAUGUUCUGCUCUGUGUUUGGAAUUCGCAUAUUAAUCCGAUAAAACUUGCUAAUGGCUCGUUCAUGGAAGCCAUAAUGCCGAUGGACCCUACAAAACCAGCAACGUGGUAUGUCGUCGACCGCAAGAAUGGUCAGGGGCUAGUUGCAACGUACGAGAGCCCUGCAUUCUUCUGCUUCCACACCAUCAAUGCAUGGCAGGAACCGUCCAAGGAAGACCCGAGCAAGACGGAUGUGGUGGCGGAUCUUGUGAAGCUCGAGAGCACGGAGUUUUUGGAGACUCUGUAUUUCGAAAAUCUCAUUUCCACGUCCACCAAGGCGAAGGCCCUUGCCCAGCACCGGGAUGACUCCUUGCACUCGUCCUUUUCUCGUUUCCGUCUCCAUGCAGUGCCUUCUAUCCCCACAACCGAGGUCGGCAAGGCAUCUAUCGAGUGGAGUGAAUGUACGGCGCUCAAUCCCGAGCUGCCAACAAUAAACCCCAACUUUGUCACUAAGCGACACCGAUAUGUCUACGCUGUGACGUUUGGUGGCAAGUCAACUUUUACCGACAGUAUUAUGAAGCUUGACUGCGAGACCAAGGAAACCCAUGCGUGGUCGCAUCACGGUCAAUCGCCUGGAGAAGCGCUAUUCAUCGCUGAUCCGAAUGGAAAGAAUGAAGAUGAUGGAGUGCUUCUCAGCGUUGUCCUGGAUGGGAUGCGAGGCAAAAGUUAUCUUCUCUGUCUAGAUGCCCAUGACCUGACAGAGCUUGGCAGAGCCGACGUCAAUGGACCUGUUGGGUUCGGGUUUCACGGACAGCAUGUUCCGAGAGUCGGUUUGCCUACUGGCGAUUAUUAG